GGAGCCCCAGUCCAUGCUCCCACAGCCUGUUCCCAUGGGCCUCCUGGGCAGCAUUAUAAAUAGGCCUGUACCUAAAAGGGCAAGCCAGCUCCAGCUGUUUUCUCUGCACCAUUUUCAAGUGAGUGCAACCUCAUCUGGGGUUAGGCAGCCCAAAUCCUGCAUCCUAAGGGACCUUGAAGACCCCACACACUGCCUCACAGCAGGGCAGGGAAAGCCCUUGCAUGCCACCUACACCUCCAUGGGCCAAGAAGGAAUGUCUCAGAGCAUUAGCAAGCUGCCAGUGUGACCUGACCCUCUCCAGUGCCCCUUCUCCAUGCCAGCUAUGAGUUCCUGCAACUUCACACAUGCCACCUUCGUGCUUAUUGGUUUCCCCGGACUAGAAGAAGUCCAUUUCUGGAUCGGCUUCCCUCUGCUUUCAAUGUAUGCUGUGGCCGUGUUUGGAAACUGCAUCGUGGUCUUUAUCGUAAAGACGGAGCGCAGCCUGCAUGCUCCCAUGUACCUCUUUCUCUGCAUGCUGGCAGCCAUUGACCUGGCCUUGUCCACAUCCACCAUGCCCAAGAUCCUCGCCCUCUUUUGGUUUGAUUCCAGGGAGAUUGCCUUUGAUGCCUGCAUUGCCCAGAUGUUCUUUAUUCAUGCUCUCUCGGCCAUUGAGUCCACCAUCCUUCUGGCCAUGGCCUUUGACCGUUAUAUAGCCAUCUGCCACCCAUUGCGCCAUGCUGCAGUGCUCAACAACACAGUAACAGCCCAAAUUUGUGUGGUGGCCGUGGUCCGUGGAUCCCUCUUCUUUAUCCCACUGCCUCUGCUCAUCAAACGGCUGGCCUUCUGCCAGUCCAAUGUGCUCUCGCACUCCUAUUGUGUACACCAGGAUGUGAUGAAGUUGUCACAAACAGACACAUUGCCCAAUAUGGUCUAUGGUCUUACUGCCAUUCUCCUGAUUAUGGGAGUGGACGUCUUGUUCAUCUCCUUGUCCUAUUUUCUGAUUAUACGAACAGUUCUACGACUGCCUUCCAAGUCAGAGCGGGCCAAGGCCUUUGGAAACUGUGUGUCACACAUCAGUGUGGUAUUGGCCUUCUAUGUGCCUCUCAUUGGCCUCUCAGUGGUACAUCGCUUUGGAAACAGCCUUCAUCCCAUUGUGCAUGUUCUCAUGGGUGAUAUCUACCUACUCCUGCCUCCUGUGAUCAAUCCCAUUAUCUAUGCUGCCAAAACCAAACAGAUCAGAACUCGAGUCCUAGCUAUGUUCAAGAUCAGCUGUGACAAGGACCCUCGGGCUGUGUGAAGCAGGUGACCCUUCCCACUCCACUUUCCCUUAUCCUUAAUGGCUUGAUAAUGACUUACUAAUGCUAGCCGAUAAGCAUAUCAAUGCUUUUCUCUGGUUUGAUCUCCAAAUUCUGUCUCAGCUCAGAGUGAAAUUUGGGGAGAUAUCGUAAUUCCCUUCCAUAGCUCAAAAUGUUAUUUAUAUCUUUACUAUAUAAAAAAAUUAAGUAGAAAAU